AAUUUGUAUUUAACCGAAAUAUGAUUCGAAAAUUUAAAUCAGAAUCUACAAAAUUCAAAAAUUGGGUGGCAAAUUUGAAAUAUCAGUUAAUAGGAAAAUGGGAGAAAGCCCAACAGCGAGAGUGAAAAUAGGGAAUAAUGGAUAACCGGAUAAUCAAAGAAACUAUGGAGGUGGGACCCAUCCCCACCAUUUCAGCCCACCAUUCUCAAUCUCUCUUACACCUUCUGAAAUCUCUCUAUAAAUAAGUGUUGAAGAUUUCUUUGCAUAGGGCUUAGAGCAUCUCACACUCACUCUCUCUCUCUCUAGAAUCUUCUUCUUACUUUCUCUCUCUACACCAAAAAAAAGGCAAUCAAUCAAUCAGUUGGACCCCAUCGAAUAUGGUUAGGCCAAUUAAGUUUCUGUGUAGCUACGGCGGCCGGAUUCUCCCCCGUUACCCUGACGGCAAGCUCCGUUAUAACGGCGGCGAAACCCGCGUGCUCUCCGUCGACUCGUCCGUUUCAUUUUCCGAAUUGUUGGCGAAAAUGGGUGAGAUUUGUGGAUCUACCGUGAAUCUGAGGUGCCAAUUGCCGGCGGAAGAUCUGGACGCGCUUGUCUCGGUCACCUCCGACGAAGAUCUCGCCCAUCUUAUUGAGGAAUACGAUUGCGCCGCCGCCGCGGCGGCGGCGCCGAUCAAAAUUAGGGCUUUUCUCUCCGCACCUAAAACCAUUAACAAGGUGUCUCCGCCAAAAUCGCCGUAUUCAUAUUCCGUCGGCGGCGGCGGCGGUAUGCCGCCUAGAUGUCCGACAUCGGCGGGGCGGCGGUGCCUUCGGAGUGCAGUACGGCCGGCGCCGGCGUACCCUGUUUUGAGCGGGAAAAUUGGGGGAAGGAUUCCGAAUCAGUAUAACAGUGUAUCGAGAAAUGGUUGCCUUGUUCAUCUGAUUCACAAUGGGAACCAGUGGCAGUAGUAGAUAAUAAUAAUUAUUUCCGGUGAACCCUAAUUUACUUUUGGGAGUGAAUUUCAGUGGAAAUCAUCUACUAGUAUAGAAAAGGAAAAUAAGAGGAAAUAUUAUAUUAUUAUAUAUAUAUAUAUAUAUAUAUAUAGGAAAAAUAGUAUUUUUUUAUUUUUAUUUUUUAUGUAAGAUGCAUAUAUAUAUAUGUGUAAUAUAUAUGUGUGUGUGGGGUAAAUGAAUGUAUGUGUUGAUCAAAGAGGGGAUCCAUUUUUUGUAGAUACCACUCUGCGAGGAAGAUUAAUAUAAAUUUUCCAUGUUGAUUUUCUUGA